AUGUUUGAAACCUUUAAGGGCUUCGAAACCACAGCAUAUUCUUUAGCGAUGGCUGUUGUCAUCCUAGCAUUACAUCCGGAAGUGCAAGAAAAACUUCAUGAUGAAUUGAAAAAUGUUUUUGAGUCACCAAAUGAAGAAGUAAACGAAGAAAAUCUUCCACAAUUAACUUAUCUAGAUUUGGUUGUGAAGGAAAUUUUAAGAUAUUGGCCACCAGUGUCAGUCAUCAUAAGAUAUACGUCAGAUGAAGUUCAAAUUGGUGAGUUUGUACAUAAAUCAUUUCAAGAUUGCAUAAGUGAUCAUUUGGUUCCAAAGGGAGCUCACAUUUUCAUACCAAUUUACGAAAUGCACAGAAAGAAAGAACUUUGGGGUGACGAUGCUGAUGAAUUCAAACCAGAAAGAUUUGAAGGUGAAAAGUUUAAAAUCGUUCCAGCUUAUGCUUACAUGCCAUUUGCACUUGGCCCAAGAAAUUGCAUUGGAUUGAAUUAUGCCACAAGAAUGCUUAAGAUUACUUUGGCUUAUCUUUUCAGACACUUUCGUGUCGAAACUGACAUGAAACUUGAAGACAUCUCUCUCGAGUUUGUUGUUGUUACUAAAAUUGUUCAGGGAUUUAAAGUUAAGUUAACGAAAAGAAAUUUCUAA